UCUAUAUAUUAUUCCACCCUUUACCCUUACCAACUUUAUUCCUUCCGCCACCACUCCACCACCACCACCAACUUGAUCCCUUCCACCGCCAUUCCACCACCACCACCAACUCUCAGAUAAGAAGAAUGACAUCUUUAGGUGCUGUUCUUUCUCUUCGGAAUACAAUAAACAAUAUUCUCCAUUGCUCUCGUUUUAACCUUAUUGGUGGCUCUCAACAAAUCAUACAAGCCGUGUACAACGAGUUGGAGCCAUGGCAAGAAAUUCUCGAAAGACUGGACAAGACGAGCCCAAGCCUUAGCAGGAAGAAGGUGAAUGCUUUGGAUGGAAGAAUCAAAGAAGUAAUCUGGAAAUUCGAAGACUCAUUGGAGUCCCUUCUCAUUCAACACAUCAAUCCUUCUCAACUCGAAACUCUUCCAGAGAGAGUACUCUCCAUGGAUCUUCAGAGUCUGAAAAACAAAGUUCAUUCGUUUUUCCAGACGCUCAAGUACAUGUUGGAGUCCCUUCUCACUGAAAACAUUCCUUCUCAACUCGAAACUCUUGCGAUGAGAGUCUCCAUAGAUUUGCAGAGUCUCCAAAGCGAAGUUCAUUCCUUGAUAGAGACGCUCAAGGUUAUGGAGAAGGAAUACAUCUACGAAGUAGAGAAUAUGCCUCAAGACGAAGCUAUUUCCUCAUCAAUAGGUUUCCAUGGAGCCAACACAAAGAUGAUUGGAUUAUCCGACCAAUUUCACGAACUCAAAAACAAUCUCAUGAGACGACAUUACGACCCGCGGAUUAAAUUCCACGCAAUAAUUGGAACGUCAGGUGUUGGAAAGACAACUCUUGCUAUGCAAAUUUAUCAAGAUCCAGAAAUUCAGAGCAUGUUUAAGUGUUGCGCGUGGGUGACUGUAGGCCGAGUACCUCAACCCAUCAGUCAAAUUUUAAAAGGCAUUCUGGCUCAACUGUGUGGAAUUACUCAAGGAGAUGAAGAAAUAGAAGAUGACAAAUUGAAAGAAAGAUUGCAUGGUAAGAAUUGCCUCAUUGUGUUGGAUGAUGUCUGGGAGACAGAUGCAUGGAAUUGCAUGGAACAUUCCUUUUCACGCAUAAGAAAUGGAUGUAUUCAUUUCUUGUUUACUGGUCGACAUAGAAGAAUGAUCAAUGAUAAUGUGUUUAUUAACUCUUGGUAUAAGGUGCGGUUUUUGAAUGAAGAAGAAAGUAUGGAAUUACUGUGUGAGAAGGUGUUUGGCGAUGAGAUUUGCCCUCCUCAACUUCACAAAGUUGCUGCCAAAAUCGCCAAGGUUUGUGAAGGUCUCCCUCUCUUGAUCAUCACUGUCGCUAGAAUGAUAUCAUUAUCUGAGCAUAACAGAGACCCAACCUACUGGAAUGAAGUAGCAGAGAGAAGAAAUUCAGUCUUCAAGGAUGCAUAUGAUGAAAUAUCAAAGGUACUUUUCCCAAGCUAUGACUACUUGCCUCAAAAUCUGAAAAUGCCUUUUUUGUUUAUGGGAGUGUUCCCUCGUGAUUAUGACAAUCCCCCUUCCAAGAUCAUCACUAUGCUCACCUCCGAGGGGUUGUUAUACUGGCAAGAGGUCGAGAUACGUAGGCAUGAGUGGGGAAAUACAUGUUUGAGAGAGCUUGCUUUCAACUACAGUCUUCUUUUAUGCAGCAUCAAGGGUGUGGAUAAAACUUCUCGCUAUGUUUUAACGUAUAAAACUUGUCGACUUCACUCUUCGUGGCAGCACGUGUGUAGAAGAGAAGCUAGUAAAAACAAGUUUUAUCAUGUCUUAAAUACGCUGAAUGAUGCCUCCGGAGAAAGUCUAAAAGGUCAGCGCGGCUUAUGUGUCGAAAACAACAUUUUGUUUGGCAUCAAAGAAUUUCGUGACUCGGUGAGAUUAAACUGUGCAUCCUUUGCACGUUCUCUCCUUUUCUAUGGUCCUUACCACCAAUAUCCAAUUUCUAUAGAUGUCGGUUUCAUGUUGCUAAGGGAAAUAGAUGCUCUUACACAGCGUUUCUAUACUUUCCCAAUUGAAAUUUUGAGCCUAGUCCAACUAAAGUACCUUGCUCUAACUUGCAAUGGCGAAGUCCCUUCAACCAUAUCUAAACUUUUCAACCUUCGAGUCUUGAUUAUCCAUCCACAUAUGAAAAUUAGACGUCGUGGAGCUCCAUCAUAUGUACCAAUGGAAAUAUGGAACAUGAAAGAGUUAGAGCAUAUCGAGAUAUUGGGUAAAAGCCUUGUAGCUCCAUCUCAUGUUGUUUCAUUGGAAAAGCUCUCAACUCUAGUAGGGGUGAAUGCUAGUAUUUGCACUAUCUCCAAAGUCUCCAAAAGAAUUCCUAACAUAAAGAAAUUAGGAAUACAGAUUGAGGUCAAGCCUUAUGAGGAUUGUAACGAUCUUUUGAGUUGCUUUGAUAACAUUUCAAGUCUUGAAUGCUUAGUGACUCUCAAACUUAGUAUCACAAAUCCAGUCAUCAAGAAGGGUCGUGUUUUCCCAGUAAGGUCAUUGAAGUUGCCAGUUAAUUUGAAAAAGUUACAUUUGAGUGGCAUGGGUUUUCCAUGGGAAUACAUGAAUGACAUCGCUUCUUUGCCAAAUCUUGAAGCUCUCAAAUUGCGAUCCUACGCCUUUCAGGGUUCACAUUGGAAUGCUAAAGAUUAUUGUUUUCCGCAUCUUAAGUUUCUUCUAAUUGAAGAAAGUGAUUUGGUGCAAUGGGAAUCGAGAUACGGAGUCUUCUCCGAGCUUAUGUACAUUAGCUUGAAACAUUGCUACAAACUUGAAAAUAUUAGCAUACAAUCUCUUUUUCGUAGCCGUAUAUUAGAGAUUGAAUUAGAGGACUGCAAUUAUUUAGUUUUGACUUGGGCUAGCCAACUACCACUACAUUCUGGUGCUACGCUUCGUGUUACUUCCACUUCUUCUUUUGAUGAGAAACCAACAACUAUCAAAUUUGAAAGGUAUGGAGAUCUUGCUGUACGCCGGAGUUAUCGAUGGUGGUAACUAUGUCUAUUAAUGAGGCUAAGUAGGAAUAGAAUACUGAGGCCUGUAUGUACAUCUGAUCAUGAGGAUACAGAGGAAGGGAGUGAUGGUGAAUAUAAAUCCGAUUAUGAGGGUACGGAUGAAGAGAUUGAUUGUGAAUAUACGUCUGAGUAUGAGAGUACGGAGGAAGAGAAUGAUGGUGGAUAUACGUUCGAUUAUGAGCGCAGUCGUACAGAGGAAGCAGGUUAUGAUUAAGAAAUUGUCAAUCAAGGAGAGGAUGUCGAAGGUGAGGGCGCAAAUGAUGACGGAUAUACAGAUGAUUAUGAGGAGAAUGAGGAAGAGAAUGAUGACGAAUAUACGUAUGAUCAUCAUGAUACAUAGGCGAGCACCAAUGCCAAGGUGCAUGUUGGUGUUUCACUGUCUUUUGUCAUUCAUGAAUCAGCUAAUCCACAUAUUGUUAUUUGGUCUUGGUGCUGCAAACAUUGAUAGUUCUCUCUUUUCAAUUGACCCUUCAACUGGAUCAUUUUCAAGUUCAGCUGUGUAUCAUGAAAAUGGAGCUUAUCUGGAGUAGUUAUGGGAUGUGCGCUUCAAUUCCUGACUCCAUUGUUUUAAUACAUACCACUGGUUAAUUUCAAGACAUUGUUCUUCUCCUUUAGUAUUGCUGUAUAUUGAACUGCAUACUUGUUCUUGAGUUGAAACUAUGCUUAAUAUCCAUGCUUAUUUUGCUUUGGACUUCUAUUGGCACUUGUUGCUACAAUUCCUUUCCAUGACAUAAAAAAUCUUAUCUGACAUUAAGCAGUCUUGAUACAGCAGAGUUCUUAAACUACAUAAAAAGAAUAUGUAGUUUGGAACAUUUUAGAUAUGUAUGGUGUGUAACAUAGAGAUUGGCGUCCUUCUUUGAGUAAGUAUAGAUCAUGAUGAUGUUAUUUUAGAAAUAAUUUUUUUCCUAUUUUCGAUGUUAAAAUUAGCUGUUCUCUUUAUUCGCAUGAUUAAUCUGUUGGCAUAUUCUAUAAUGCUUGCUGCACCUAAGUUUUUUCAUAAUUUGAUUCAGAAAUUCAGCAAAGUCGAUUGCCUUUAAUAGUUUCAAGGCCAUUCCCAAGUUUUCAAACUAUUUACCUAUAUUUUACGUUCCAAUGUGCAUUUUCAGUUAUCUGUCAAAUUCUCAAUAUUUACAGUGCUGUUUUUUUCCUCAUUGCUGCACUUUAUUGGUGCUCAGGUUGGUGUUUCACCAUUACUUUGAGGUAAUUACAGAGCUUAUUGUAGGAUGUAAUGUAACUUUUGUUCGUCUGCUAUGUUUGCUAGUUUUCAUCUUUAUUUUUUUCCCAUCUCUGAUGUUAAAAUCAGCUAUACUAACUAUGCUUAUGAAUACUCAAUCCACAUUUUCUACAAUGCUUACUGCAUCUAAGGCUUUUUCAUUAUUUGAUUUAGAAAUUCAGCAAAAUCAAUGGCCAUUCCCAAGUGUUCAAACUAUUGCUAGCUGUAUUCUACGUUCCAAGAUGCAUUUACGUGAUCUAUGAUUGCAUUCUUUUAGAGCCUGUCAGUUCUGCAGUAGUCUUUGCUUCUCAAUAUUGGAUAAAGCCUAUCUUAAUAUUUACAGUGCUAUUUUUCUCUCAUUGCUUCACUUAAUUGGUGCUCAGGUUGGUGUUUCACUUGCUUUUGUCAUCCAUGAAUCAGCUAAUCCACAUAUUGCUGUGUUGGGCCGUUUACCUGGCACAACUGUAUACAGAAACACCAAGCAGUAUCCCGAAGCUUAUACAUACUACUUGUAAUUGUUCACGUUGAUGCUCCAAUCUACUUUGCCAAUAUAAGCUACAUCAAAGACAGGCUCCGAGAAUAUGAGAUUGUAGUCGAUGGACCUGUUAUGUGAGGCCCAGAGGUCACAAGAAUCUAUUAUGCCAUUCUUGACAUGGCUCCUGUGACUUACAUAGACUCGAGUGCUGUUCAAGCUCUAAAAGACUCUGUACCACGAAUACAGAUCGCGUAACAUCCAGAUAGCCAUUUCCAAUCCAAACUGAGAUGCUCUGCUGGCACUGACAAAAGCUGAGGUGGUGGAUCUAAUAGGCCAAACAUGGUUCUUUGUCCGGGUGCACGAUGCAGUCCAAGUCUGUCUACAGAAGUUGCAAAGCUAGACAUCAUAUUUGGUUUGGAUGUGUUUAUAUAUUUUAGAGAAAACAGACAUCUAAUCAUAAAAUUUAGUAAAACUCUGAUCAAUUUUAUAAAGAUUUGAAAGCAGAAUAUUAAAUCA